AUGGUAAUAUUUUUUUAUCAUGCUGCCCUGGAUGUUCUUGCGAAUGUAUUCCGUGAAGAUUUAUUACCGGUUUUGAUACCAAUUUUAAAAGAAACACUCUUUCAUCGAUCGUGGAUUGUUAAGGAAUCGGGUAUUUUAGCCUUAGGUGCAAUCGCCGAAGGUUGUAUGACGGGAAUGGUAAAUCAUUUAACUGAUUUAAUACCAUAUUUAAUAAAUUGUUUAAGUGAUAAAAAAGCGUUAGUUCGUGCAAUCACUUGUUGGACCUUGAGUCGAUAUGCGCAUUGGGUUCUAACACAACCACAUGAUCAAUAUUUAAAACCGUUAUUAACGGAAUUAUUAAAACGGAUUUUAGAUCCGAAUAAACGGGUUCAAGAAGCUGCAUGUUCUGCAUUCGCAACAAUUGAAGAAGAAGCUUGUACCGAAUUAGUUCCAUAUUUAGGUUUUAUUUUAGAAACUUUGGUAUUUGCUUUUGGUAAAUAUCAACAUAAAAAUUUAUUAAUCUUAUACGAUGCGAUUGGAACUUUAGCGGAUUCCGUUGGACAUCAUUUAAAUAAACCCGAAUAUAUUAAUCUGUUAAUGCCUCCGUUAAUUAAAAAAUGGAAUAUGUUGAAAGAUGAAGAUAAGGAUUUAUUUCCAUUACUUGAAUGUUUGUCGAGUGUUGCAACCGCUUUACAAUCGGGAUUUUUACCGUAUUGUGAACCGGUUUUUCGACGUUGUAUUUCUCUAAUUGAACAAACGUUAAAUCAAUUUAUAGCGAAUACACAAAAUCCCGAACAAUUUGAACCGCCGGAUAAAGAUUUUAUGAUUGUGGCUUUGGAUUUACUAUCGGGGUUAACCGAGGGUUUAGACGGCCAUAUUGAUAAAUUGGUUGCGAAUAGUAAUAUUAUGCAUUUAUUAUUUUCAUGUAUGCAAGAUCCAAUGCCGGAAGUACGACAAUCUUCGUUUGCAUUAUUAGGUGAUUUAACAAAAGCAUGUUUUCAACAUGUCCUACCCUGUAUAUCGGAAUUCUUACCGAUAUUGGGACAAAAUUUAAAUCCUGAAUUUAUAUCCGUAUGUAAUAAUGCCACUUGGGCGAUUGGUGAGAUUAGUAUAAAAUUAGGAGCCGACACAAAACCGUAUGUUCAACAAAAAAACCAGGGACGAGUAUUUACGCCGUAA